UUGAGGUUAAAACGAGAAAAUGCAAAUUAAAACCAAUUUUACAACUCAUUUUUUCAUUUACAAAAUUCAGUUCAGUUGUAAAACAUUGUGUCCUUGAAGUUUAUGAUAAAUAAAAAAAUCAUUACAUAAUCUACGUAAUUUGAUAAAUUUGUGGCGCAGUCGUAAACUCACCUCAAUUUUCCUAACCUAUAAGAGCGAAAGACACAAAAUCAAGAUACCUACCGGCGUCACAACCGACUAGAUUGAUUUCUAAAACUGUCACUAGUGUCACUAUUAUCACAGCGUUGUCACUAUUUCCUUGUGGUGUUGCCAGUGGUUUAUGUUUUUCGUUCGUGGUGCUCUUUCCAGAUACAAUAAUUACUUAAUCCCUAAACCAAACAAAUUCCAAAUCAGGAUGACAUCAAAUAUUACCACUUUCUACGACGCCGCCUUAAAAUACACGAAAACUGCCGGCGAGCUAAUCCUUGAAAAAAUCUCUCACAGUAAAAACAUUGAAUUGAAAUCGUCUGAAAUCGAUUUGGUCACUGAAACGGACCAACAAGUGGAAAAAUUACUCAUUCAAAAUUUGAGUAAAGAUUUUCCCGAUCACAAAUUCAUUGGUGAGGAAUCGGUCGCUGGUGGUAGUCAAUGUAAUUUAACAGAUGCUCCAACGUGGAUAAUCGACCCCAUUGAUGGGACUAUGAAUUUUGUCCAUACUUUUCCCCACUCUUGUAUUUCAAUCGCUUUAUUUAUUGAGAAAAAACCACAAGUGGCCAUUAUUUACAACCCAAUGCUUAAACAAUUGUUUACUGCCCUAAAAGGACAAGGGGCUUACUUGAAUGGGAAAAAAAUUCAAGUUUCCAAAGAAAGUGAUUUCAAAAAGGCUUUAAUCAUGAUGGAGUUCGGGACUAGCAGAGACCCAGAAAAAAUGAAAGUGGUCUUGGCCAAUCAGAACGUACUAAUAAAUCAAGUACACGGUUUACGGGCGUUGGGGUCUGCGGCCCUGGACAUGGCAAUGGUGGCACUGGGGGCGGCAGAGGCCUAUUUUGAAUUUGGAAUUCACAUUUGGGAUAUUGCGGCGGGAGAAUUGAUUAUUACAGAAGCUGGUGGAGUUGUCAUGGAUCCUUCUGGGGGCCCCAUUGACAGAUUUUCACGAAGAGUUUUAGCAGCAAAUUGUCGAGAAAUUGCAGAAGAAUUGUCUAAAAAGUUGGUUCAGUACCAGCCAACACCUCGUGAUUAAAAAUAAUGCCAAAUUUACUAGUUGUGCGUUAAAAAAAUGUAUUUCAAAAUUA